GUGGGCUGGUUCUUGUAUUAGUAUUUGUAUAGGCUGUACAAAAAUAGCAGGUGCAGAGGGCCAGUGAUUAGAUUACAGAAAUCUUUAAUCUACUUUCUGACCAAACACCUGCUAAUUGAAGAAAACUUGUCCUCUUGUUUCUUGGUUCAAAACCCACCUCAUAGGGAUUCUCGAGUAAAUCAAGUGUUCUCUUUAUAUUCCUGCAAAUUUUGUUGCUACAAUUUUAGAAAAGCUUAGCUGCUUAAAAGUGAGUAGUAGUAUGAAGAAGAUGGGUUAGCCUGAAAUUAGAGUAUAGGCUUUGGUGGGGGGUGUGAUCUCCUCUCUCUGUUUAAAGUGAUGGAAUUUGGAAGGUUGAAUGGCAGAGGCUUUUGGGAUAGGCAGCAGAUAUUACAGAACAAGAAGAAAGAGGAGAAGAGUGAGAAGCAGCAGCACCAAAAAAAAGCCAAUCACUGAAAAUAAGUAAAAGUUUGUUUGAAAAAAAGCUGGAACAAAAAAAGAAAAACAAGGUUCUGAGUCUGGAUCCUCUGAGGAAUCCUCAUCUUUAUCCUAAUCAGAACCAGAACCAGAACCAGCACCAGAACCAAGUUGUUGGAAUCUCAAGAAAUGUAGAAGAAGAGGAAGAGGAAAAAAACCACCGCCGUCGCCGCCACCAGGAGGAGGAAGAACAAACACAACCAUUGUCGCCGCCGUCGUCCCAUGGCCAUCACCACCACCACCAGCUCCAUCAGUCUUUAGAGUUUUUCCAGCAAAAUCAGCCGUCAAUCUUUGGAAGUUUAGAAGAAAUACCAUCACAACAACCGCAGCAACCCAAGAAACGUUCGUACAAUCCUUCGGCUUCAUCAUCCCUGGAGCCGGCCGGAGAACAUGCAAGAUUGCGGGAGAAUAUAGGGGAAACUUCUCAUCACCGCCAAAUGUCGUCAAGAUUGAGGAACACAGGCGGGGAGAUAGUGGAAGUUCAAGGCGGCCAUAUAAUCAGGUCCACAGGACGAAAAGACCGGCACAGUAAAGUCUGCACCUCUAAAGGACCAAGGGACCGCCGUGUUCGCCUUGCCGCACAUACUGCCAUUCAGUUCUAUGAUGUCCAAGACCGCCUUGGAUAUGACCGCCCGAGUAAGGCGGUAGAUUGGUUAAUAAAGAAGGCCCAAGCAGCCAUUGACGGCCUUGAGCAACUGCCGGCCUGGAAACCCACCACUGGUUCUUCGGUAGAUGCAAGUUUUGAGCAAGAAGAUGCACAGAAGCUGUUUGCUGAAAAUCACCGGCAACAUCAUUUGGGUACUAAUAUUGCAGGGCCUUCGAGUAAAAGGGCAAUGACAAUGCUGGGAAGUGAAAGUGAGCAACAAGGCUUGCACCAGAGGGGCAAUGUGAAUCCGAACCCGAGCUUUCUGCCCCCUUCGUUGGACUCCGAUGCCAUUGCGGAUACUAUCAAGUCCUUCUUCCCAAUGGGUGCUUCGGCCGAGUCCAGUUCCUCAGCUAUGCAGUUUCAGAGUUUCGGAACUUCCGAUUUGCUGUCAAGACCCAAUAAUCAGAGUCAAGAUCUAAGGCUUUCUUUGCAUUCACUUGAAGAUCCAAUUUUGCUCCACCACCAUAACCAACAACAGCCACAGGAGCAUCAAAAUCCCAUUCACCACAAUGAACAAACACAUGUUCAAUCACAAGCACAAGUCCUAUUAAGUGGCACCCCACUGGGGUUUGAUGGCACUGCUGGCUGGUCCGGGCAACACCAGCAGAUGUCAGAAAUCACCUGGUUCCAGAGGUUUGCAGCUUGGAAUGCCGGUGGAGACGCCGGUACUGGUAGUGGUGGAGCAGCAGGAUACUUGUUCAACUCUCCGUCAGUGCCUCAGCCACUGUUACAGCAGCUGUUAGGCCAAAACCAGUUUCUUUCUCAGAGGGGACCCCUUCAGUCCAGUAACUCACCUUCGGUUCGUGCUUGGAUGGACCCAUCAGCCAUCGCUAUUGCUACGGCUGAUCAUAGCCAACAGCAGCAGAGCCAUCCUGCAGUGUUGCCCAUUUAUCCAUCUUCACUACCUGGCAUUGGAUUUGCCUCAGGAGUGGGUGGAUUCUCUGGGUUUAACAUUCCAGCACGAAUUCGGGGUGAUGAAGAGGAGCACGAUGGUUAUUCCGACAAGCCAUCCUCUGCUUCCUCUAAUUCUCGUCAUUGAGUUCAACUCACAUAAAAAGAGAAUACUCUCUUGCAUUGACAGGAAUUUAUCUCUUUGCCAGUGGGAGAAAUCAGGUAGUACAACAUAUCCAAGUUUUUGCUGCUCGUGGUUCUGAACGAGGAGAGUUACUUCGGUGAGUUAAAUCCAAUGGCCACUGCCAUGGGAAGAAGAAUUUUGAGUCUAGUUUCAAAUUUUUCGAUCCCAGUUUGCUAUUCUACUUUGUUGUCUAAUAGUGCUCACUUUCACGUGUUUAUUAUCUGGGUGAGCUCGUAGCUCAACUUUGUUUCAAGCUAUUCUACUACUUUCUGUUUUUGUUGUUAAGACUUGUUCUGCUACUACUGUCCUUUUGUUUUGUUGCUGCUUUUCGAUGAAUUCUCAGGUAAUGAAUUUAGAAUUUUGAGGAAGCUGUGUUUUCCAUGAAAUUAAA